AUGGGUGCGACGAUUAAAAUGUGUGGCAAGUGCCGGAGGCAUGGGGUCCUGCAGGCCUACAAAAGCCAUCUGGACUGUCCUUUUACGAACUGCGGAUGUGAUAAGGUGGGGCUUGAGGGGAUAAAAAGAUGUUUACAACCAAAAAUUUAUUUUUUAAGAUAGUAAUUUUUUGAUUUUUAGUGCUUCCAAGUCGACGAAUAUCGCCAGAAAAUGAGGAAAAUUGUGGCUGAAACCAAGAAAAGGAAGACUGAAAAUCUCGAGGCCUCUGAGACUGCCGGACCGUCUACCGAAGCCAACAUUGUGCACAACACAGCAAAUGCUAGUGCCUUCAGAAUCCCCGCAUCUGCUUCAAAUAGCCUUCAGUCCCCUUCAACAUCCUCGUUUCAUCUUCAACACCUCAGAAAGCCCACUACAGCGACGGCUGACACCCGAAUGAACACAUUUUCUCGCCUAAAAACACCGUUAUUUAAUUCUCCCGUCGAGGAAGAGCCAUCAGUCAAAAAAAUCAAAGUGGCGUCCCCGGCCGAUUUGCUGAGCCAGCUUCUCAGCCAUUACGACAUCAUGCUCAUUGAGCCCAUUCCAUUGAAAACAUUGUUGGCCCAAAAUUCUAACGUCCCAAUUCCGUGUAUAGACUUGGACAACUUACAAGUGAUUUGUUGA